AUGUGUUUCGGGUCAAGCAAAAGCUACCCGGUUCAACAACCACCAAGGCCUGUCAGAUAUGGCCAAAAGCCCAACAAAUACAGAGCAGGAUACAGUGGAGCCGAUGGAGGAGUAGCAGCGGGUGCGUACAUGGGGGAUGCUGGUUAUGGCGGACAUCACGGCCAUCACGGCCACCACGGCCAUCAUGGAAAUUACGGGGGACACCACGGAGGUCACCAUGGACAUGAUGGAGGGGGAGGAGGCUUUUUUGGCGGUGGUGACGGGGGUGGAGGUAGCAGUGGAGGAGGAGGUGAUGGUGGUGGUGGUGGUGGCGGCGGCGGCGGUGGUGGAGGGUGUUAA